GAUACAAUGAUUCACCUAAAUAUAUUCACCUAUAUUUGUUCUCUCUCCUAAGUCUCUGUUUCAUUUGUUUCACUUUCUUAACACACUAUGGCAGCUCAAACACACAAAGAGCUUGAAGAAACACUUCUGAUUCAAACUUGUUCUCUCGUGAUUGACGACAAAAAAGAGGAAACCUACCACAAUCAUUCUCCCCCGCCACUGCCACUACAUGAAGUGGAAGCAAUUAUUGAAUACGAAUUCAAGAAUAAGCACUUAUUGGAAGAGGCUUUUACGCACGAAACUUAUGGUGCUGAUAAUGACUUAUCUUAUAACCGGUUAGAAUAUGUAGGUGAUGCUGUUCUUAACUUAUUGAUCGUAAAUGAACAAUAUUUCUCUUAUCCAAAUUUGGGACCGAGAGUUUUGACUCUAAACAAAUCAAAGAAUCUUGAUACGAAAAAACUCGCACGUGUGGCCAUUAAACAUGGCUUAGAGCGGUACUUGAGACACAAACGACACAAUCUUGAAGAUAAAAUUCAAAGAUUUAUAGAAGGACCCGACGACUAUUCCUUAUAUUUAACUGGGCAGCUCUACGCACCUAAAGUUUUAGCCGAUAUUGUUGAAUCAACCAUCGGUGCUAUUUUUAUUGAUUCUAACUUAUCCCUUGAUGUUGUGUGGAAGGUGGCAAAAAAAUUACUUGAACCUAUAAUUGAGCCAGAAUAUGUUAAAAAACAUCCUGUCUCGCAACUUAUUGAAGUUUGUCAUAAGAAAAAAUUCAAAUUACAAUUUGUAGAUUUGUGGAAAGAAUCUUCUAGUAUUGAAGUCUUUAUAAAUGAGAAAUUUGUUGCAAGAGGCAUUUAUGGCCCUAAGAAAGACAUUGCACGUUAUAGAGCGGCAAAAAAUGCUUUGGAUAUUUUAGAUAUAAGCACAUCUACAAUGAAAGAUGAUAUUACAGAUUGAUAUUUAUGAUUAUGGUUUAUUUGGUUUUGUUUUUUUGUUUUUUUGUUUUUUUUUUUUUUUUGUGUUAAAGGUUGUAAGUUGUUGAGGUUGUGUAUUCUUACACAAAUAUUCAUUUUAUCAUUUUAUAAUCAAUGUAAUAGUUUAAAUUUAAAUGGAUUGGAUUGGAUUGGAUUAUGGACAACCUAAUAGUA